AUGACCGUGGGCUCUUCAUCAGACAUGUUGCCCGUAGAACUCACGCUCGUCCUCGCGGCGACGCGUAGCAUGGGCAUCGGCCGCGCGGGCACUCUGCCCUGGACCGGCCUCAAGAAGGAGAUGGCCUAUUUUGCCCGAGUGACGAAACGCCUUCCUUCAGAUGCACACCCGCAGGCGCUCAACGCAGUGAUCAUGGGCCGCAAGACCUGGGACAGCAUCCCGCCCAAGUUCCGGCCCCUGAAGGGCCGCCUCAACAUCGUCAUCAGCCGGUCGCAUCCGGACGCAGCCCCGGCGGAGGGUAUUGACUACGCGGCGGAGCCCGUCAAGGUCAGCUCCCUGGAGAAGGCGAUGGAGUACGUCAGCUCGAGCGCAUCGGACAAGGUGGCGAGGGUGUUCAUCAUCGGCGGCGCCCAGAUCUACGGCGCGGCGCUGCAGCUGAAGGAGGCCAAGAGGAUACUGCUGACCAAGGUCAUCAGCGACUUUGAGUGCGAUGCCUUCUUCCCGCUGAAGCUGUUCGAAUCACAGGGUGACGCCAUAUGGGUCAAGAAGCCGAAGGAGGAGUUCGACGCGUGGACUGGAGAGGAGGUGCCGGAUGGGAUCCAGGAAGAAAAUGGGACGGAGUAUGAAUUUCAAAUGUGGGAGAAAAUUUGA